AUGGCUGAUGCAAGUAAGAAGCGUGCCGCACCUUCAGGUGGUGCUGACAAGAGCGCCAAAAAGUCUAAGAAACAAUGGCGUGUACCUCGUAAAGCCGAUCAAUACGCAUCGCAGAAAGUGAUCUUGCCAGGCGACCAAGGAAUCUGGGCCACAUGCGACAAAGGUAGAGAAGGCAAAUGCACCGGUGAACUUCGUGAUCUUUUCAAUGAGUAUGCCCAACUGCUGUACGGAGAUGAACUGGCUGCAGAAGCUGGUGCUGCCGGCUCUGACGAUGAGGGUGAUGGUGAAAUCAACAUCGAAGCUGAAAUCCAGCAAGAACUCGCAGGCAUGCGUAAGCCUCAAGAAAAACCUCUGUUCUGGUCAAUAAAGCUGGAUGUUCAGUGCGUGAUCUUCUUCAAGACCAGGGCACCUGUUGAGCCUGUUUCAUUUGUACGAAGAAUAUGCGAAGAUGCGGCCAAAAAAAACGCUCCCAAGCGUACCAGAUUCUGCAACCGUCUUACACCGAUGACUUUGAUGGGCAAGGCGACCGAAGAUGGUCUGGAGAAGACAGCCAAGCAGGUCCUCGCGCCUCACUUCCACACAGAACCGCGUGUGCCAACAAAGUUCGCCAUCCGUCCCACAAUCCGCAACCACACCGUCAUGAAGCGGAUGGAUAUCAUCCAGAAGGUUGCGUCCACGGUUGGCCCGGGACAUCAAGUCGAUCUCAAGAACCCAGACGUUCUCAUUCUGGUCGAGAUCUACACUAGCAUCUGCGGUAUCAGCGUAGUCCCCAACGACUACGAGACCCUGAAGCGAUACAACCUGGCCGAGAUCUUCGAGCCUUCUCCUAAAGAGCAACCUAAAAAGAAGGUCGAGGCUCAAAAAGAACAGCCUGUGGAGAUUGCUCAAUCGGAGCCAGAUGAGAAGAACGAGACAGACGUUGUCAAAGAGGAGAUUGACAUACCAGCCGGCGAAGCAGAGAGCGAAACUGCAGCCGCACCUGCAAAGGACACAGCUGAUGAGGCUUGA